GUUUUUUAAGGGGCCUGGAUCUUUAGGGCUGGUGGGGCCCGUAAUGGCGGCAUUUAAAAGGACUCUGUCCCGUUAAGCCGCUCGGUCCCUUUAAGAGUCGCUCUUAAAAGGGGCUGAGUCUCUCCCAUAGCUUUUUACGAGUCGUGGUGGGGCCAACGCGGCAUCGCCGUUUUAAAACCGCCGGGAUUCACGGGGCCACUUCCGGGAAGGCGGGGGCAAAAUGGCGGCGGGGCCUGAGGGGGUCCCGGGGGUCUGCGGGGGCGGGGAGGGCUCAGAGACCCCCGGGACCCCCCCGGACGCCCUCACGGAGCGGCCCCGGGUGCGGCGGCACCGCGGGCGGUUCCUGGUGUGGGCCCCGAGGGCGGCGCGGGCGCUGCGGGAGCGGCACCGCGUGUGGGGGGCGCUGGUCGGGACCCCCCCGCGCCGCGGCCGCGCCGGAGCGGGAGCGGCGGGGCCGCGGCUGCCGCUGGAGCUCAGUCCGGAGGAGGCGCGGGCGCUCCGGGAGAGCGGCGGAGCCACCGUGGAGCCGGUUGACGAGGCCGAAGCGGAGCCCGAGGAGACCCCGCCAGAGCCGUCCCGCCCCUCCUCCCCCUCCGAACGCCGCUUCCGGGUCUUCCGCGAGCUGUGGGGGCGGGGCCUGCACGUGACCCCCGGCGGGAAAUUCGGGGGCGACUUCCUGGUGUACCCCGGCCCCCCCUCGCUGUUCCACGCAGGCGCAGUGGCGCUGUGUCCCUGCAGUUCCCAGGCGCAGCCGCUGGGGGCGCUGCUGGCGGCCGCGCGCCUGGGCACGAGCGUGCGCAAAUCGCUGCUGCUCUGCUCCGCCCCGCCAGGGGGCGCCAUGGCGGUCACCGCGCUCACGUGGCGCGCCGACCUCACGUGACCCUGGCCACGCCCCCUCUGGAUCACGUGGCGGUGCACGUGAGGAUUUUCCCGCGCUUCGCGAAACGCUGGAAAUUGAAAAGUUUUUUUUUUUUAAUUUAAUAAUAAAAAUAAAAUCGAUUU